AUGCAUUUCUUCUCUCAGAUCUUUCACUAUGACCAUCCCUGGUCCCAUGUAGUAAUUGGCAUGUGGCACAAAUAUCCCAAUUCAAAAUGUACACACGUCGUCAGCGUAGACACGAUAGACCGUUCCGUCGAUCCUCAGACGGGUAUCAUCAGGACAGAGCGAGUUCUGGGCUGCAAGCAAAAGGCGCCUUUAUGGAUAGUCAAACUUUUUGGAGGCUCAGAAGACGCCUUUGUUCGAGAAAUUUCCUUCGUGGAUCCAGCCACCCAAAAUGUCACCAUAACUUCGGUUAACCUCUCCCUAUCGCAGUUCGCUACCUGCUACGAACAAAUCCGUUAUUCGCCCCUUUCCGCCACCCAGACAUCCUUUUCACAGACAGCAGAGAUUCAAGCCCGAAUGGCGCUCUGGCGUAGUGCCGCGGAUGGCCUUGAAAAGUGGCUAGUCCAACGUUUUGAACAGAAUGCCCAGUUAGGGAAAUCGGGCUUUACCGACGUCCUCAGAAAUCUGUGGGAAGAACGGCAUCGGGCCUCACCAUGA